GUGAAAGAGCACGUAACAUAAAAACAUCGCGCAGGGUUGAAACAAAACAAUUUAAGUUUGACUUAAACAAAAGAAUUGCGUCUUUACCGAGAAAUCGAUGCCAAAAGAAGAGAGAAAGAGAUCCACAUUUGUUGGUUAACAGUGUUUGAGCGGUUUCUACUUUGUGAAAAGCAUAAGGGAAGGACUUGAAGGGGAAGACGAUUGGAAAAGAAGGCAAAUAAACAGCAAAGUCGAUGUAGGCUGUGCAGUCCCACAAUGCACACGUCGAUUUGGUGCUCAGCUAUCGUCAUUCUUCUUUUGUUCCUUGCAGUGCAAUAUGGAGACGGCAAAACGGGAGCUCAAGAUAAGGACUUCCCUGAUGGUGAAAUGGAGAAAGAAUCUGAGAGGUCAGAGAUCCCUCGACACCACCGCAGCCGUGAAGCACACAGUCGUCAUAACAGGAGAGCCGAGCGUGGCCGCUACCGCUCUGUCCUAGCAGUGGGCGUUGGUUGCGCGGUGGCCGGCGGCUGGAUUUGCUUGGCAACUGUUGUUUAUGUGGUACGCUAUCUUCGCGCCAAAAGGAAUGCGGCUGCUCGUGGUUCCUCGUCUGAUAGCUUGACGUAAAUCACAGCAUUCUAUAGAAACUUUCAAAGGUUCCUAACGGCCAACUCAGUUGCGUUUUUACUUUGGCUCUAAGAGUUUCAGAGGUUUCGUGAAAUUGCAUUACUAUAGCAACGGAAAACUGGCGCGUUGUAAUUGUUAAACAAGAAAAAUUAUUUUAAAUAUCUCUGUUGUACACUGUAUAAUACUUUAUAUUUACUUACCAUUUGUAAUGUUGAGUUCAAAUUUAUUCCCAUGUAAGAUUGAGAAGGUAGAAUUACAGGAAAGGCUACGAGCAUUUUACUUAUCAUUCAAAGUUGACUACCUGUUGACUAACUGUAAAUGUUAAUAUUUUAACAUGGAGAAUCUCUUCGCAUUAAUAUUGCCAAAAGGUCUUGCUUUAAUAGAGGGUAUGGAGUUUAAUUUAUUCUAUCACAUUUACGGUUUCUUUGUUUGAAGAUAUCUGAUUGUAACCAUGCUAAUUGUCAAUCGUUGUAUGACAUGGGGUAGAGUAGAAUGUAAGACGUUGCAGAUCAAAUUGCAAAGAGCUGCAGAACAAUGCCACGUGACGCAAGAAUCUUAAAAAAGAUUCAAUAAGAUAAAAAGAAUUACUCACAGGGAGAAUACAUGUAUUUGUGAAUUAGUGCAAUAGGUGAGGGGAAAAAUAAACAUUUAAAGAAAUGCCUGUACUCUUGAAGUUACUUCAUGACGGGACGCAGGGAACUUCUACUGUAAUUACCGCAGAGAAAUGGUAGGAAAUUUUCCUAGUAUUCCUUACAUACUCUCACUAGGGUUCUUCGUCU